UUUACAGUUUGUUCUGGCAUUUCAUUAAGCGCAGAUCGUUGUUUUAGCUGCUGCGCUGCUUUUGGCUCUACUUGCGGCACGCUCUGGCGAGUGUUUAAAUUGUUGAUCGAAAAUGCUGCAGAAAUUUGUAAUCCUUGGCAUGCUUUUGAGCAUUUGCUGCUCACGCAUUGCUGCCAACAAUAUGGAUCAUUAUAAUUAUGGCUCCAUGGAUAACAUGAUGACUACUACGGAGCGUCUCAAUUCCGCCGUGCGCUGCGUCAACGUCAAUCCGCAAAACUCUGUCGAUCUGCAGCAGAUAAUGGGACUCUGGUAUGGCAGCGAGAUAAUCAUGCACAGUCAAGAAAUUCCUGGCGUCUAUGACUACGACACUUGUGUUAUCAUACAUCUGACCGAUGUAACCGAUCGCGUGCGCCAGAAUCAGGGCUACAAUGGUCAGGGCUAUAACAACAAUCAUCGCUAUCAAUAUAAUCAAGACAAUCAAAACAUUUAUCGCACCAGCACUAGCCCGCCCACAUAUUUGGAUAGUAAUCAGGAAUUUAGACGUCUGCAGGCGUUACGCACAAAAUAUUUGCGCUUGGUAUGGAGCGAAAGUGAUAAUAAUCUGGAAUAUACAUUCAACUAUACAACGGAUGCGCCUGGCCAAUGGUCGAACAUUGGAGAUCAGCGCGGCUCGCUGGUGAAUCUCAAUACCUACUCACAGUUCUCGGGCACUGUGCAGGUGGUCAAAGCAGUCAAUGAUCAUCUGGUCUUGACCUUCUGCGGCAAUGAUGUCAAGAGCUCUAUAUAUACGCUGGUGCUAACGCGCAAUCGUUUGGGUCUCAGCUCAGAUGAGCUACGCAGCAUACGCAAUAUGCUCUUCCGUCGUGGACUCAGCACGGAAACCAUACGCAAAGUUUGCAAUGGCGCUAGUGGCUUGCAAUUGAGUCUAGCCGGGCUGCUGGGCUUGCUCUUGUUAACCUUUUGGGCAGGCAUUAAGCACUAAGCAGACAACGACAACAAUAGUUGUGCACUAUUGUCGAAUUCCAGCCAUAAUUUAUAUUAAUUUAUGCAUAAUUCUACUUAAGCUCAUACAUUACUUCAGACAGCAGCAAGUGCUGGUAAUAAAGUUUGCUUUGCUAAACUA